AGUAGUUUUCUAUAUAUAGCUUCCUCCCUCACUCUUUCUCUCCACCCUCCAUUCUUUAACAUCACCAACAAAUCAAAGAGAUAUAUAUUGCAAUCGCCCUAAUUAGUUCACCCUUUAUCCUUUCCUCUCUAAACUCUUUAUAUUUAAUUUCAUUCAAUUUUGUGUCUCUGCUGUGUGUGAAAUUUUUCAUUCUUCAAAACAUGGUUUGCUUGGUAUCACGCUCAGGAAGGGAGUUGCAAAGAUACAACAACAUGGGUGGCCGCCAAGUAGUCGGAUGUAUACCUUAUAGAUAUAAAGAAGACAUAGAUGGUAACAUGAGCAACGAAUCGGAAGUACUAGUGGUUAGUUCACAAAAAGGUCAAGGAUUGAUGUUUCCCAAGGGAGGAUGGGAAAUUGAUGAAUCUGUAGAAGAAGCAGCUAUCAGGGAAUCCCUUGAAGAAGCUGGAGUCAUAGGAACCGUUGAGGGUGAAUUGGGCCAAUGGAAUUUCAUUAGCAAAAGAUAUGGCAUAUAUUAUGAAGGGCACAUGUUCCCAUUGUUUGUGAAGGAACAGCUUGAUCAGUGGCCUGAGAAGAAUCUUCGAAGAAGAGUGUGGAUGACAGUUGCUCAAGCUAGAGAAGCUUGUCAGCAUUGGUGGAUGAAAGAAGCAUUGGACAUUUUGGUUCAACGACUCGUUUCUUCACAACAACAGAAAAAGAGAUAUAGCAUUUGUUGAUUCUUUUAAUUAGUUUAUAGAGAACUCAACUUUAGUUUAUACAAAGAAAAUUGUGGGUACUUUGUUUCUUUGUAAGUUGAAGAUUAUAGAGAGAUUAACUAGAGAGAGAAACAGGAAUUGUAAAGAAAGGUAGAUCAACUGAUCAAAUUGCAUUUUGUUUUGCAAUUGCAAUCAUACACACUCAUAGUGCUAAAUAAUACCCAAAUAUAUUCUCGCCA